AUGGAAAAGGGGCGAAACAGAAGCUAUUUUGAAACAACUUAUGAAAUAAGUGGAAUUAACAAACAGUCUUUGCCCAAUGAAACGAAAAAUGAAGCAAAAUCUUCGAACGAUUCAAAGGAUUAUGAUGUAAUUCGUCUUACAGAAGAAGCUGCUCUCUGUACAAAAUCUGCAGACCCUGUUUUUUUGAAUGAUAAGUUUUUGGAUUCCCUGAGUAAACUGAAAAUGGGCCGGGCCCAUGGAUCACCAAGUAAAAGGUCUAUAAAGCCACUAGGUCCAGGAAAACAACCCAGCCCAAGGUAG